UGCUUGUUACUUAAUAUUAUAUGGCAGGCAAAUUCGACAAAUAUGUUUGUGGCCCCCACGAAAUGGCUGCUCUUCCAGAAUCGAAAUAUAUCAAUUGAUAAGAAUGAUAACAAAUUAGCUUUCAUAUACAAUGAUUCAAUAUCGGAAAUCUUCGAAACAUUAGCCGUCUAUCCCGAUAGCGACGUGGUUCUCGCUCAAAGGUUCGACGGUGAUUUUCUUCAAAUAAUGUCCGUAUAUCGACCGAGCCCACAACGAGGUGUGAUAUGGGAAAAUCGCGGGAAUUGGACGAUUGAAAAUGGUCUACGAAUGAAAAAUUUCGACGUGGCUUCGGCACGUAGAAGAAAUCUUCAACAGACUGCUCUUAAAUCUGCUCUCGUGAUGACUGAUCCCAAUACGAUUAAUCAUCUAACUGAUUUCGAAGAUAAAUUAACAGAUCCUGUCACGAAAGCUGGAUAUCCAUGGAUGCUUCAUUUAGCGAAUCGGAUGAAUGCAACGAUAAGUUUCGAAAUUACCGAUAGUUGGGGAUAUCGUACAGAGAAUGGAUCUUGGAGCGGAAUGAUCGGGAUGCUGGAGCGACGCGAGAUCGAUAUCGGUGGCACCGCUACAUUUCUUGUAUCAGAACGUCUCGGUGUUGUGCAAUAUAUCCAAUUGUACACACAGACCGGCUCACGUUUUAUAUUUCGACAACCAUUAUUAUCAACCGUAAGCAAUAUAUUCACUCUACCCUUUCAACGUAACGUUUGGAUAGCGAUUGCCGUGUUCUUAAUUCUCGUCUUCUGUUUGCUUUCUUUAUCCAUUAAAUGGGAGUAUUAUGAGAAUAAAGAAAUGACAAAAUCAGCAAUUCAAUGGAAGCAAUCAAAUUCCAGCAAACCAACAGCCAGCGAUAAUCUACUUAUUCUUUUAAGUGCAUUUGUCCAACAAGGAUCUAUGUAUGAACCGUUUCGAGUCUCGUCACGAAUCAUCAUUUUAAUGUUAUUGUUAGCCUCGCUGAGUCUGUACGCGGCUUACACAGCGAAUAUCGUAGGCCUGCUGCAAUCUACCACGGAUUCUAUCAAAACUCUUCCCGAUCUUCUCAAUAGCCCGUUAAAGCUGGGUGCGAUGGAUGUCGUGUACAACCGAUAUUACUUCAAGGUAAAAGUAAAAAUCGCGGUAAUUAAUAAUGCAAACUGUAUUAUUAUUAUUAAGUAUUCUAAGGCAUAUUACGUUAUCAAAAUUAUAUUAACAAGAAAUAAUUAUCCUCGAAUCGAACCAAAGGGACGCAAAUCCAACUGGAUGUCCAUGGAAGAAGGUGUAAGUCGAAUAAAAGACGAACUCUUCGCAUUCCAUGGCGAGAUCGGUUCGAUCUACGAAUUAAUGGAAGAUACAUAUCAGGAGGAGGAAAAGUGCGGUCUGACUGAAAUUGAUUUUUUAAAAGUCCUAUAUCCGCUUCUCGUUAUACAAAUGCAGUCGCCGUAUUUAGAGAUAAUAAAAAAUGGAGCUCUAAAAUUAGAGGAAUAUGGACUCAAAUACCGUGAGGAGUAUCGUUUAUAUACGAGAAAGCCGGUAUGCUCGAGUCAGACUAGUAGCUUCAUCACUAUCGGUAUCACGGAAUGUUACUUCGCUUUGGUCAUAAUGGGCUAUGGAAUUUUUCUCGCCGUAAUCAUAUUUGCGCUUGAAUUAUUAUGGCAUAAAAAACAAAACAUAUGUGCGAGAGAAGGAAUGUCGGAUGCAAAAAUCAUAGAUAGCUCCGAUUAAAUACCAGCAGAAAUGUAUAUUCGUAAAAGAAACUAUUAAACCAAAUAUUUACUAAAUUCUUUUGCUAUUAUACACGAAAUUAAAAUGUGAUUUUAUAAGAAACUUUAUUAAAAAUUUAUUUUUCGUUAAAUGCUUCCAUAUUUUUGCAACAACAACGGAUCUCGUGCGGCGAUGCUUUUUUAAUGUGCACUAAACUGCAGUGUAAAAUAAUUGUUAUUCUAGAAAGUAUAUAUGCGAUUUUAUUUAAAAGAAAAAUGACUAACACCUUCUUAUAGAGUAAAUGUAUACAAAAUGUAAUAAAUAGCUUCUUUCGUUAAUGACACUGCGUGUCAUUUAAUCUUGGAAUAAUUGCGUACAAAGUGUCACAGAUAAAGAGAACGACAGUUAAAAUUGGCCGCGAUA